UUUCCUACUUUAAAUUCCGCUUCUCCUCUGCGGGUUAGGCUUCGUCGUCCCGUAUGGCAUCUAACUCGGCUAAUCACACCUGAUUUUCCUUUGGUGUAUCUUAUAUUCUACUAAAAAACCCAGGCCUCUCAGAUCUUGGUGCUGACCGAUCUAUAUCUUUCUUAGCCGACCGCUUCCAGUCGACCUAAGCGGUUUCCGCCGAUCACCCGUAUCCAUCCAGUUGUUCUGGUUGCAGUUGAGGACAGGGAUUCAGCGACCUUCAUCUCAACUACUUGGGUUAAGGUUGUAUUCUUGAACCCUUCUUUAGGCCCCUCAUUGAUCGCAGCAUCAUGGCCUGGGGUAUUGCCGUUCUGCAAUUUGCUUUGGAUUAUAGAUCAUGUUGCUUUUCUUCUGACAUGUUCAUCAUAUAGGGUAUUGCCGUUCUGCAAUUUGCAUUGGAUUUCAGUGUGACAUAAUGGUUUCUUUUGAGAUGAAUGACACAAAAAAGAUCGGUAUAGGACUGACUGGAUUUGGAAUCUUUUUCUCAUUUCUGGGAAUAAUUUUCUUCUUUGAUAAAGGGCUAUUAGCCAUGGGGAAUAUCUUGUUCCUCUCUGGAGUGAUGCUAACAAUUGGAUUGAAAUCGACCAUGCAGUUCUUCACUAAGCCUAAGAACUUUAAGGGCACGGCUUCAUUUGGCAUUGGAUUUUUCCUUGUCCUAAUCGGAUGGCCCAUCUUUGGCAUGAUUUUCGAGACUUAUGGCUUUAUGGUUCUCUUCAGUGGAUUCUGGCCUACCAUAGCAGUUUUCUUGCAGAGACUUCCAAUUAUAGGUUGGCUAUUCCAGCAGCCUUUUUUGACAUCGCUUUUUGACCGUUACAGAGGUAAGCGUGUACCUGUUUAAGUACUAGGAGCUGAUACAGUUCUGAUGUGGAACCUCCUGUAUGACAUUCUUUAAGAUAGCAACAAAAAUUUGGCUUGAUUGAUGAUUGUAUAAGAGUUCAUGCCUUUUCUUCAUGUAUUGUUUAGCUUCUGCGUGCAUUCUGUUGCUUUUUGUUAACCCCCAAAACAGGGAAUUCUUUGUAGUAUAUAUAUUUCUUAAUAAUAUUCAAAUGAAUCUUGAUUCCUCGCUAGACCGGAGGGAUAUACAUUCCGUUUGCUUGUAAUAUUGCUGGAAGCAGACGAUGCCAUGA